CGAAUGAGGCUAGUACAAAUCACCAGAAUUUGUGAUGCGAUAACACUUAUGUUCAUUGAUAGUCGGUUGAGAAAAGGAAGUAUUUAUAAGAAUAAGCCGUACAAUUUUGAAUAAUAAUUUGUUUAUGACAAUUACUACAGAUAAUGGCGUAUUACAAUGGUUUUUCAGUUUCAUUAUUAAUAUUAGUCUGUAGUUUCACUUUUACUUUCUGUAUGAAUAAUGAAAUUGUGAAUGACAAAAAAGUGGCAAGUGCUAGGGUAGAGAGUUGUGGUGGAUGACGUUUGAAUCGUCUACCGGAAGUGAAACGGUUUAUUUUCACUGACAUUCCAUUGUUCCAUAAUGUGGAGUUUAAACAAAUCUCGGGAGCAACACCCGAAAUGAUCUUCUUGAAUAAAGCAGGUCAGGAGAUUGAGAGGAUUGAUUUGAGUGAAAAGAACCAGAAAGAAUGUCAAAAACUUUUACACGACCGAGGUUUCUAUCUCAAAAAACAUGAGAAUGAAGAAGUCCCUCCUGAAUUCAAGGAUGCACCAUACACUAGAAAAGAAACAGAAUUAUAAAUAUUUAUGCUUUAUUUAAUAUAAUUCUUAGCUUUGUUUUCACACCAAUCUUUAAUUUUUUUAUCAAAGAAAUUCCAUUUGAUUUUAUCUGAGAUGUUAAAUAUUUUUCUUUGUACCUAACAGUUGAACAAUGAAAAGGUAUUUUUUUUAUUUCUAAAAGUUGUGUAAAUAUUCCUAAACUGAAGCUAAAACAAUAAGUUCUCUAACUCUUAGAAAAAAACGAAAUUCAAUAAUAUUCUGUAUCUUUCAUUCACCAUCUAAUUUUAAUUUGUUUUGUUGGUGUUAAAACGAUUCCUGUCCUUGGGAGAGAGAGAAAAAAAGCAUUAACACACUUCUUGUCAUCAUAAAAUAGUUGUAAUAUUUUAUAAUAACCAGGUUACAGUUUGAAUACAAGGGAACUGAAGAUGAAUUUUAAUGAAACUAUGAGAGAGCUUUUUAUUUUCAAUAAAGUAUUUGAAAAUCAUUUUUAUAUUUAAUGUACAUGGGCAACUAGGCUUAAGAUUUUAUAUAGUUAUAAUUGCGUAAACUAUCAACUAGGCUUAAGAUUUUAUAUAGUUAUAAUUGCGUAAACUAUCAACUAGGCUUAAGAUUUUAUAUAGUUAUAAUUGCAUAAACUAUCGUAAGUAUUAACUUUUUAUAUCUAGUAAGUUUCUAAUCUAAGAAAUGCAUUAAAAAUUAUGUUUUCAUAGUGUGUUAAAGUUUUUUUUCUCUGACUUUCGUUUACUUGGCUGGUUACAAAAAGCAUUUUUUAAUUUCUGUUAUAUUUCGUUCAGUGUGCUCAUUGACCAAUCUGUUCCCAUAGACAUUGUGAUUUAUGAGUAUACAACUCUAUGUUAUUUUUUCAAUUGAGUCUUUAGAAAGCUAUUAACAAACUUCAAUUAUUUCUAUAACAGAAAAAUGCAUCCCACUAUUACAUUUAGAAACAUUUUAAGAGAAAAAAAAAACUAAUGUUACAGAAAAUGUCAGAUAAGACCACAGAUGUCAUUGGGAAAAAACACUUUUUCAUAAGACACUGUUGUUUAAAACUGGCAGUUAAUUAAGUUAUUUUUUCUUCAUUUUUUAUGAAGAUUUUCACUUUUUGUCAACCUUCAAUGUCGCUUUAUAAAUAAUGGUAACAUUGGCUGUUUAUCCUGCUAUUAUAUUCAGUUCUUUAAAUAUUUUUUUAAGCAAGCAAAAUUAAGAUUAAUUAAUUGUUAAACAAUUCACAUUUAGGUUUUUAAAGUAAUUUUUAGUGACAGAAUAUUGUUUUGUAUUUUUUUAUGGUAUAUAAAACUAAGAAGACAGAUAAUUAUUGCUGUUUAUGAGAACGUAAAAUGAAUAGUCAAAAAGUAAAUGGAUAAAAGAAUUAUUUCUCAGACAUUGAUAAUUACUUCUAUCUCUAAUCUUUAUCUUUGUAAACUGAAGAUUGUAAUGGUAACUAGUGUUGAUGACUUAGCUCUAACAGGAUAAUACAUUUUUUCUUUUGUUUACUCACGUUGGCAGGUUUUUUUUUUAUUAUUAGCUCUUACUUUUUUUAAAUUAUAACUCUCAUUUUUAAGCCUGCCCUUUCUCUCUCUCGACUGAGCACAGUAUGAAUGUUAUUACCGUUAGUAUAAUACUUUUCGUGUAGUUUAAUAUAGGAAGAACUAACUGAUCUCAAAGUUCAAGCCGUUAUUGUUGUGAAUUUAUGAAACUACAGACUGAAAAUGGUAAGGUCUGUGGUGGAUAUUUUGUCAUGAUGAAAUGGUUUUAUAAGUGAGAUGGCUAGUCUCGGAUAGUAUUAUAACAAAUCAUUGUUCGUGUCAGUACUAGUGAUUAUUCGGUAUGAUAAUGUAUUAUAACUUCCUGCUAAUGUUACAAUAAAUUCCAUUUCCUUA